GAUGGGAUCUCUUCUCAGAUGAGAGAUUUGUGUGGCUAUUGGAGAUAUUUGGGUGGGUAUUUGAGGGUUUAAUGCAGAUAUUUGGGAUAUUUGUGUGAAUUGAUGAGGUCCUGUCUCAGUCUUCUCCCGGGACAAACCAUAUCCAGCUCCCACAGACUGGGAGGUGCUCCAGACCCCAAAUCACCUUCGUAGCCUCCUCUGGCCCCACUCCUGGACCUCUCUGGUCCCGAGGAGCCCAGACCUGGACACAGCACCCCAGAUGUGCCUCACCCGGGCAGGGCAGAGGGGCAGGAUCACCCUGUGUCCUGCUGGCACUGCCCUUCCCGAUGUCCCCCAGGAUUCCAUCGCCACCAGGACCCCCGGGAUUCACUGCUGGGCAGGAACAGCCCCACCCCGGACCCCUGAUCACCCCUGUGAUGACACCGGCGUGUUCGCCCCGUGGUUUCACGCACAUCUGCACAGCUCACACGUGAAUUCACAUCCGUGCUCACCCCUGUCAUUUCUCACACAUCUGUGCGCUCUCACAUCUGGCGCGGGCGGCCCAAAAACACCCUCGGUGCCGGUUUCCCUCCGGAACGCUGCACCACGUGCCCGCUUCAAAGAUGGCGGCAGCGGCGUCACCCGCCCGGAUGGCCGAGGAAAGCGAGUCCGGGCGGAAGUGAGCUCGGCCGGAAGUGGGUCCUGCCCGAAUUGGGUCCCCCACAGGCGGAUGCGCAGGGCCUGGCGGCGCGGAGCGAUGGAGGCCGGCGGCCACGGGCAGGAGGCCGAGGCGGGCGGCCAUGGCGGCCACAAGAAGAAACACAAGAAACACAAGAAAAAGCACAAGAAGCGGCACCACCACGAGGCGGGGCCGUCGCCGGGUCCCGAACCCCCCCGGCAGCCCCGGCUGCGGCUGAGGAUCAAGCUGGGGGGGCAGAUCCUGGGCACCAAGAGUGUCCCCACGUUCACGGUGGUCCGUGAGGGGCCGCACUCGCCAUCCCCCUCCCCGCUGCUGGCGGGGGACGAGGAGGAGCCCAGCGAGGGGGUCCCUAUCGAGCAGUACCGRGCCUGGCUGGAUGAGGACAGCAACCUGGCCCCCUCCCCACUGCCCGAGCUGGACCCUGAGAACUGCUUCCCUCCCCGAGAGGAGGGCGAGGAGGAGGAAGAGGAGGAGGAGGAGGAAGAGGAGGAGGAGGAGCGGCGCUGGCUGGCAGCCCUGGAGAGGGGGGAGCUGGACGACAACGGCGACAUCAAGAGGGAGGUGGACGAGUCCCUUCUGACGGCCCGGCAGCGUGCGCUGCUGCACAAGCAGCAGAGCCAACCCCUGCUGCAGCUGCCCAUGGGCGCCAAGGCCAAGGAGGUGACGGAGGAGAUGCGGGAGAAGCGGGAGGAGCGGGCGCGGCGCCGGCGGCUCCAGGCCGCCCGCAAGGCCGAGGAGAGCAAGAACCAGACCAUCGAGCGCCUGACCCGCACCCACAAGGCCAAGGUGAGGGCCCUKCGCGAGCGCCGCGCCCGGCCCGCGCCCUGCCCCGUCGUGCACUACCGCAGCGCCGCCGACGGCGUCACCGUGUCCUUCCCCGCGGGGCUGCCGCUGCCGCUGCCCGCCGCCACCGCCCCGCCCGUGCCCCCCGCCCAGCCCUGCGCCGUGCCCGGCUGCCCCAACCCCAAACGCUACAGCUGCGCCCGCACCGGCCGCCCGCUCUGCAGCCUGGGCUGCUACCAGCGCAACCUGCAGCUGCUGCAGAUGGCGGGGUGACCCCUCUGGAGGGCUACGGAUUCUCCCCGGGGGCUACAGAGCCUCCCCAUGGACACAGGGACCACCCACACUGCAGUCUGGGCUGCUGCUGCCACAAUCUACGGCUGCUGCAGACACCAGGGUGCCCCCCUUGGGGCUAUGGACCCUUGGCCAUGGAGACAAAGGGCCAGAACAGGGCUUCCAGACCCUACAYGUGAACACAGGGAGUUUCAGAGGACUCUGGAUUCUCCGCAUGGACACAGAGGRUUGGAAGACAAACUUGUAGACACUYUGCUGUGGACUUGGAGGGCUGCAGGGGACUCCAGAUCCUCCACAUGGAUAUAGAAGGUCAGAACUCCCAGCCCUCUGCCCUGGAUACAGAGGCUUUGGCCACUCCAUGUGGACAUAAGGGAGUAGGACGGCUUCAGCUCCUCAUGGACACAGGGGACUCUGGUUCCUCCAGCUCAAUAUGGACAGCGGGGAUGUGGAGCUCCGGAGGGCYCCAGCCCCUCCACCGCAGACACAGKGUUGGGGACCCCAGCAGGGGCUGAGGGUGGUCCUGGGGGGAUAAAGGAGGUCCCAGAGAAGAGCAGGACCUGGUGUUAUAGAGCUGAUUAAAGGCUGUUGGUGAAGGAACC